CUAAUGGAUUACCACCUGCUUGGACUAAUUCUGUCUUUUCUCUUCAAUGGCACAAAGGUCUUAGCCGGUUACCCAAUUUGGUGGUCCCUGGCCCUGGGCCAGCAGUACAGCUCCCUGGGGUCCCAGCCCAUCCUGUGCGGCUCCAUCCCCGGCCUGGUGCCCAAGCAGCUCCGCUUCUGCCGCAACUACAUCGAGAUCAUGCCCAGCGUGGCUGAGGGAGUCAAGCUGGGCAUCCAGGAGUGCCAGCACCAGUUCCGGGGCCGCCGCUGGAACUGCACCACCAUCGACGACAGCCUGGCCAUCUUCGGGCCCGUCCUGGACAAAGCCACCCGAGAAUCCGCCUUUGUGCACGCCAUCGCCUCGGCCGGGGUGGCCUUCGCUGUCACCCGCUCCUGCGCCGAGGGCACCUCCACCAUCUGUGGUUGUGACUCCCACCACAAGGGACCCCCGGGGGACGGCUGGAAGUGGGGAGGGUGCAGCGAGGACGCCGAUUUCGGGGUGCUGGUGUCCCGGGAGUUCGCCGACGCGCGCGAGAACCGGCCGGACGCGCGCUCCGCCAUGAACAGGCACAACAACGAGGCCGGCCGGACGACCAUCCUGGAUCACAUGCACCUCAAGUGCAAGUGCCACGGGCUCUCGGGGAGCUGCGAGGUGAAGACGUGCUGGUGGGCCCAGCCCGAUUUCCGCGCCAUCGGGGAUUACCUGAAGGACAAGUACGACAGCGCCUCGGAGAUGGUGGUGGAGAAGCACCGCGAGUCGCGGGGCUGGGUAGAGACGCUCAGGGCCAAGUACGCGCUGUUCAAACCGCCCACGGAGCGGGACCUGGUGUACUACGAGAACUCCCCCAACUUCUGUGAGCCCAACCCCGAGACGGGCUCCUUUGGGACCAGGGACAGAACAUGCAAUGUCACCUCCCACGGCAUCGAUGGCUGCGACCUGCUGUGCUGCGGGCGGGGCCACAACACCCGGACUGAGAAACGCAAGGAGAAAUGUCACUGCAUCUUCCACUGGUGCUGCUACGUCAGCUGCCAGGAGUGCACGCGGGUCUACGACGUUCACACCUGCAAGUAAGCGCGGGUGGGUCCCGGUGGUGGAGGCUGCUGCAGGGCAGGGCCCAGGGCUCCAGCAGCCCCGGGGACAGCCCCACACUGCAGAGGAUGGCACAGAACUCCUGAUGGCCCCGGCCAGGGCACACCCAGGGCACGGAGAAGGCUCUGCGCCCCUCACCCACGUCAGGUGGGAUUGCAUCCCUCGGGCAGGGCAGGAUGUCUGGAGAGGGCAGGGACAGGAC